CUAUCCACAACCCCUCAUAUAAAGAACAACCACAGAAACCACACAAGCUACUGUCUUCAUAUACCUCACAAAUCUCUCAUACCUUCUCGUUCUCACCCUUUCCCUUCGCUUUUCCUUCCCCUUUGCCUUCACCCUCACCCCGCAUCCCCCGACCACCACCCACCUACCCACAAUGCCUCUAACCAACAACCGCGCCCUCCCCCUCCUCGACCACGCCGCUGCCAACCACUACGGCAUCCCCGCCAUGUGCUGCUACAACGUGGAAGGCAUCCUCGCGACCGUGCGCGCCGCCGAAGCCAAGCGCUCCCCGGCCAUGCUCCUCCUCUUCCCGUGGGCGAUCCACUACGCCGACGGGGUACUCGUCCACGCCGCCGCCGAAGCCGCCCGUUCCGCCUCCGUGCCCAUCACCGUGCACCUCGACCACGCACAAACCCCCGAGAUCAUCCGCCGCGCCGCCGACAUGGGCGGCUUCGACAGCAUCAUGAUCGAUAUGUCGCACUACUCGAAGCAAGAGAACCUCGCACUCACACGCGAGCUCGUGGCAUAUUGUCACGAGCGCGGGAUCGCCACGGAAGCCGAGCCCGGCCGCAUCGAGGGCGGGGAGGACGGAGUCGCAGACACGGCUGAUCUGGCCGGGUUGCUGACGACCCCGGAAGAGAGCGUGGAGUUUGCCGACACGGGCAUUGAUUGGUUGGCGCCGGCGUUUGGGAAUGUGCAUGGGAGUUAUGGGCCCCGGGGGAUUGUGUUGGAGUAUGACCGUCUACAACAGAUUCAUGAGACGGUGGGGAGCCGGGUGAGGUUGGUCUUACAUGGAGCAGAUCCGUUCGAUGAGGGCAUUUUUCGCAGGUGUAUUGACUGUGGGGUGAGUAAGGUUAAUAUUAAUAAGGUGUUGAAUAAUGAGUUUGUGAGAGUUAUGAGGGAGAAAGCGGGAGAGGUGCCGCUGACGGCGUUGAUUGAGGAGGCGACGAGGGAGAUGCAGAGGGCUGUGGAGAGGUGUGUUGAUAUGUUGGGGUCCGGGGGGAGGUAUCCUUGACUGAGGUUGGUGGUGUUUUGCAUGGUGGGGUGUGCAUAGUACCUUUACGGUGCUGUUGUGUGUUUAUGGAGUAUAUUACAGGUUAUUCGCCUGUUGGGGUGUCAUUUCAGGUCUCCGAGAUGGCCGUAUUCCUGGUGUAUGGGUAGUCAUUUCUGGCGUCGAUCUCGUUCUUCUGAUUCAACCUGGUUCCUGAAAAGGUGCCGGACUGCAAAGCGUG